AUGAUAGUUCUAGUUAGAGCAUCCAAACAAAACGUUCUCAAUAUGAACUUGAAGAUGAACUUGAAACAAUCCGAAAAUGAUAGUUCUGCAUCCAAACAAUAUGAUACCGGCAGUGAUGCUACUGGAGCGAUACCGAGGGAGGCUGCAACAGACCAAUUCAUAUAUUUUUCUCCGGAGCUGAUGUUUUGGCAUGGACACAGUCCUGUUGUUAAACAACAUGGUAUUAUUGUUGUUACUAUUCGUUCUGAUACCUCAAAUGGGAUUAGAGGGAGAAAAGAUAAAUCGAUUAUAGGUUGUGAGAGAGGAGGAAACUACAAAAGAAAGAAUGUGUAUGAAGGCAGUUAUAGUAUGAAAGUUAAAUGUCCACUUAUGUUAAGAUCUGUGUCAAGUGGAGGUGGUUGGAAGGUUACAGUUAGGUGUGGGUUUCACAAUCAUAUACUAGCUAAAGACUUAGAUGGCCAUGACGUAUUAGGUCGUUUAAAAGAUAAUGAAAGAAAGCCUGUGAAUGACAUGACCAAAUACAAUAUGGCUCCUAGAUACCUAACUGAUGCUUUGAAAGAUAGAGAUCCAGAAAACCUCACAAGUGUUACACAGCUGUACAAGGCAAGAUUUACGUACAAGAUUAGCAAGAGGGGUCCAUUUACUGAAAUGCAACAUCAGUUGAGUCUACUUCAUUAA